AUGUCCUCGCCGCUGGUAGCGCUGCUGCUGGUGACGAGCUCGUCGCGUGGCUCGCAUGUUGUGUUCCAAUGGCCCCGUAGACCCAAGCUCGUGAAGCGGUACUCGCGUAUGCGGUACUUUGCCGAGGAGGAGGAGCUCGAGGACGACCUGCUCGCGGCCGGCGCGACGCACCCCGAGUACCUCGACGCGUCCGACUCGGAGAGCGGCGACUCGGACGAGUCGGACUGUGCGUCGUCCGAGGCGAGUUUCAAGCAGGGUGCCGCGCUCUUUGGGCACGACGACGAGGAGCGCACGCCGCGCGACACGGCGCCCCCGCCGCACCUCGGCGGGCGCGGCGGCAGCGAGCCGCGGCGCUCGUCGGCGCGCAGCCGCAGCACGUCGCGCCCGCCGGCCGGGCGCACGUACCGCGCUGGGGACGAAGAAAAGCGCUUGCACUCGUAUACGACGUACCUCGGCUUCGACCUCGCGAUGCUCGCCGCGAUUCUCAGCCCAAAGCCGGAGCAGUGCCACCACAAGUUUGAGCUGGUGAUUGACGAUCUCGCGUUCCUGGGCCAUCCCGUGUACAUUGACCGCGAGCAGCAGCAAGGGCGCGCGUCCGAGUCGCAGAGCAUGACGCAGUUCAACCUCGUCAUGGUGAUCGACCGCCCCGAUGCGCUGCCGCCGCUCCCCGGCAUGAACCGCACGAUCUGGAUGCACCUGUACUAUACCCUGCUCUUCAAGGUCACCGCCGUGCUCUAUACCGAGGAGAUGCGCGCGUCGUACGUGAGCGAGCAGACUGCCGCGCUGCUCACGCUGCGCGACGAGUGCAUGCAGCACGGCGGCUGGUUCCGCGACUAUCUGCAGGCGGGCCUCGCGCAGUCGAACCUCGCGCGGACGCUGCGCGAGGUGCAGCGCGCCAUUGCGCGGCAUCGCGACACGCUCGUGCGCGUCAACGAAGGCGUGGACCUCCAUAUGCAGCUGCCGCUGCUCCUCUUGCAGCCCGGCCAGGCGUCCAAGGUCGGCGAGCUGCAGCGCGUGCUCGACGCGCAGGAUCCGGUGGUGCAGCGCGGCGACGGGCCCGAGCCGCGCGACGCGCUGCGCACCCUCUCGUCACUCGGCGCACUCCCGGGCACCGCCGCAGAGCAGACGCUCCAGGACUGGACACGCACCACCGGCCCGUUUCUCCAGCCCUGGAAAACGCUUCUCCUCCCGGAAGCGCCGGGGGAGUCGGAGCAGAACGACACGAUCUACGACUUUGCCAAGCCGCUCAUCGAGUGCUUCACACCGAGCCUCCGUGGCAGCCGCACCUUUUUGCAGGCGGCCGACGCGCUCCAGUGGGACCUGUACAAGGAGGUCUACCCCAUGGUGCGCCACCUCAUAUACUAUACCAAGGGGCGCGUGAUCGACGUGCCGCGCAUCCAGAGCAUCUAUGCCUUGGACCCGACCUUUGCGAUGGACCGCCUCUCGACGCUCGAGGUGUCCUGGUCGACGUCGUUUCCCAUGAUGCGCGCCUUGCCGCAGUUCCUCAGCAGCCUCUCGAUGGGGCUGCGGCCGUACGUCUCGCUCUUUGCGCCGCGCAUCAACCACUCGCUGUGCCUCGACACGCUAGUGUGGCUCCUGCGCCACGGCGUCGUCGUCCAGAUGCACGUCCACCUCCGCCUGGUCAUCACCGCACAGGACCAGCAGCUCGCCGUGGAGCUGCGCCGCGCACGCCGCGAACACCGCGCACGGAAACCACGCACCGAGUCCGACGAGGAGAUCCUCAUCGACACGCUCCGGGGGCAGAUGCAGCGGGGGACGAACCACCCGGAACGCCCGGCAAACGCACGCCGCCUGCACCGCUCGCGCUCGCGCUCGGCCAGCAGCGACUCGAGCGUGGACGAAUUUCCGGCGCAGCACGCGGCGCAGUCGCCGUUCCUCCCGCCGGGUCGCCGCGCGUCGUACUGGGAGGACGAAACCGAGAUGGACAUGGACGACGACGACGACCGCCUCGACGAUCUCCUGCCGAACGGCACCGCCUCGCCGGUGCUCGUCGUCGAGCCGAGCCGCGCAUCACGCCGCGAGAACGAGUGGAUCUCGGCGAUGCUGCACGACAAACACGCAUGGUAUACCCGGUGGCUCCUACGGCUCCUCCCCUAUCUCAACGGAAAGCACACGGUCGACGAAAUCGUCGCGCGCGAGCGCAUCCGCCGCCGCGACCUCAAGCUGAUCAUGCGCCAGUUUGAGGCGAACCUCCUCCUCUUCUACCAUCCGUAA